AGGGGGCGUCGGGAUUUCUCUGCUCUUUGGCGUGGGAUGUUUUUGUUUCAGGUCACUCCGAUGUAUCUCAGGUUCUCGGGUCUUGCUUUUUAUUCUCUCCCCCGAAAGGAGGGUGUGUGAAGUGCUGAGCUCUCCUCUGUGUGGGGGCGUCUGUAUUUGUGUGGUGCGGCACUGCUGCCUUGGCAUUUGGACACUUAUAACUUUUUUUUUACACGCUCGUGUCCAAUCAGUAUAAUGAGGUUUAAUUUGGCUGUGAGAAAGGUGCGCUGCGGGAAUAGGCGAUAUCCUCCCCUCCCAGGCUUCAGUCACUUGUCUCCAUGAUGAAUUCUCCAGAAUAAUAGUAACCCCCAUAAUUUUAUUUUCCUGAAAGUUAUUGGUUCGGAGGUCAGCAAUUAAUUGACCACAUACAAACUGCAGUGAUCUUUAUAAGUUCCUUCUAGUAGCAUGGCUGAGGAUUCUAGCUUACUCCAUAGCAAAGUGAACUGAGGCAUGGGAGAGACAAAUGAUGAUACAAGACUACUAUAUUUAAACUUGCAGUGGUAACCGCAGUUGAGUGAGAGCCUUUUCCACUUGUAAGGACUUUGUACUAGCUCGAUGUCCACUAAAUUGUAGUUACAUUUAAUUUAAGGCCUAAAAUAGGAUGGCUUUGUGUUGGGUUAAACCUGCCAGAUUCCUUCCCUUUUUGUUUCAGUUUUCAAAAGAGUGGCAGGUAUAGAGAAGGAAAGAUCUCAUUCUCCAGCACUGCUUACAUUUUCACAUUCUACAACAUAGGUCUUAGUGUCUUGAUAGAAUUAUAUAAAAGACCUUUUAUGCCCUUGUAAUUGAGCUUUGUUCUUAAAACUUCUCUAGCCUUGUAUUAAUAGUUAGGUGGUGUUUGUAAGAGCUAUCUCAAAAGGUCAAGCUGUUCCACUUGGUCAGUGCAUUAAAAAUUGUAUGUAAUUAGUAUAUUAUUCAUGGACUUCUGUAUAUGUAGAUAGUGCUUUACAAACAUAAGAGAUGGUAACUAUUUGUUCUCCAUGUCCCCUGAAGGUAGGGCAAGAAGUAACAGGCUCAACCUGCAGCAAAGGAGAUUUAGGCUAGAUAUUGGGAAAAUCUUUCUCACUAUAAAGGAAGAUAAGAUUUUGGACUAGGUUUCCAAAGGAGAUUGUGGAAUCCCCGUCAUUGGAGGUUUUUAAGAACAGGCUUGAUUAAAAACCAGUCAGGUGUAGUCUAGGUUUCCUUGGUCCUGUUUCCUUGGUCCUGCCUCAGCGCAGGGAGUUGGAGUUGAUGACUUCUCAGGGUUUCUUCUAGCCCUAUGUGUCUAUGAUUCUAUUUGUUAUAAAGCUCCUACUCAUUUAUCUUGAAAUGCAUAAACAUGCUCAAAGUAAGAUGAUAGAAACAGGCUUUCAGGAUUAUGUAUUUGCCACUAAGGGCCAAACAUUUUAAUUAUGGAUUGAAAAUUGGCACUGAAUAUUCCCUUGCUGGCCUGUAAUAUUAAUUUUAAAGAAAAUGUCGCAUUUAAAAUGUAUCCAACAAAGGUUUAAAUACUUCUUAUUUUGUGACCUUAAAUUCUCUAGUGGCUCAUUGACAAAUGGGCCGAACUAAAAUACUGAGGUCAGGUUCUCCCACUGAUUCUCAUUCAGAAUCACAAAACUGUUUUUAAGGGAUUGUGUCUGAUAGCUAAAACCUAAUAAGGAUUUUUUAAUUAAGAAAAAAAUGUUAAAGGUAACACACUUUUUUUUUUUUAAGACCUACCUAAAACAGUUUAGAGCUCUCAACACUCCCAUGUAAAGUUUUCAGCCAGAUAUGGCAACAUUUUCAUAACUAGUACAUGAGGGAGGGAAAGUGAAACUUAUCUGUCUUCUUUCAGUUUCCAAACUGAAAGAAAAGAAAGAUAAGCAGAAUAAACGGUGACAUGCUCUUUGUUUAUUUUAAAAUGGUUGUUAUAGUAAAGGUACUGAUACUAACAGAUGAUAGUUUAAUAAAUUGAAUUUAAAUAAAUAUUUUGGUGCUGCCAAGAAAAAGAUGCAUCUAUUUAACAUAAUGCCAUGUUAGUAAAUUCAUAUUGUAGUAAAGAUACUACAGAUAUAAAUAUACUGUCAGAUAUUAAUAGUUAGAGCUAUCCUAAUAUACAGGACUUGCUAGUCUUUUGUGAUAGCAUUUUGUCAAUUAAAAUACUUUAAAACAUUAGCUAUUUUCAACAUUGCUUUUGUGUAAAUAAACAAAGUAAAUAAAGUCUGAAUAGCAUGGGGAUGUUGAAACAAGCUGAUCAUUGCAUAAGGUAUUAUUAGAAAUAGUAUUUUCAGGAACUUUGUCUAAAACAUUCUGAAGAACAGUCAGUUUAUUCUGAACUGGGGUUUCUUUUAAAAUAUGGUACAACUUCAGUAUUGUAUUUUUCAUAUACAAAUUAAAAUGCUUUACAAAUUCUAUACAAGACAAUAGACCGUAUGUAGUAUAAAACUGUUUUGCAGGAAAGAGUAGUUUAAAAUAAUUGAAAUGAGUGUAUUUGGUAAUAAUGCCACUAUACAAGUAAUAGAAGUUGAGAAGCUUAGGCAGAGCAUAAAGAUUUGAAGGCAGGAGUAGAGAGAGAGAGAGACAGGUAGUUUUUAGGAGGUGCAGGAGUGAUUUCUUGCCCAACUGCCCUUCAGUAGUGGGAGUGGACAGAGGAGUCAGAUGCCAGAAUGAGCAGGGGUGCAUAGAGUCUAUCUCUGAGAGAAUGGGGCAAUCUUGUAAAUAAGGAGGGCAGUUUUGAAAAGGAUACUAGAAUGAAGAGGAAGCCCAUGGAGGUGUUUAGAGAUGGGCCAGAUGCACUUCUGUUUCUGGCUACUUAUGUGAGAAGUGCAGCAGUGUUGGACACUUGCUGGCUUAGGGAAAGCUGAUUUUUGGAAGUCUGUGGAAGAAGGCAUUUUAGUGAUCAAGGUGUUAAGAGAUGAUUGGGCAAAUGUUUCAGCAUACGUGGAAUAAAAGGGUUUAUCUGAGCAAUGUAGUUGCAGUGGUAAUAGGAAGAUAUGUAUAGACAGGAUAUGGAGUUUGGGGUUCAAGAUGAAGUCAAGGUUAUGGACUGUAGUGACAAAUUGGGGGUUAACUGAGGUGGGUGCUGGUCUUGCUCAAGAAAAGCAUUUCUGAUUUUAUGGGAUUGAGAUGAAAAGCCACCUGUGAAGGGUGAACAGGCAGGAAACACUAAAAGUGUGGAAAAACAUGUACAGAUUAAUGGUUUUCAGUGUCAAAGUGGUAAAGUUUGAGAUUAAUGAACAAGGGAAGAGAAUAGAUGUAAAAAAGAAGAAGGACUAAAAGCUUCCUGUACUUGUACUAAUAUAAUUAGUAUUGAGCAAGAGAGAUGCCAGAAUGAAUUGUACACUUGGUAUCUAAAUACACUGAUCAAAAUACAGUCCCGUUUUGAGACUAGCCCUUAGAACACAGACACUUGGCAUGCUACCAGCCAAGCAAAUGUUUAGGAGGGCAUUAGUUAUAUAUAUCUAGUCUCCAAAGGAUUGGAUGGUAGGAUGUCAGAGCAUACAAAUAGUAUUGAAUAUAUUUUCAGUAUUAGUAGUCACUGAAAAGAUAAACUAUUUUAAUAGGCUGUUUAGGCCUGAUUUUAAGUUCAAAACCAAAAGGAAGCCCUCUAUUUAUUUAAAUACUAAUGGACCUACAAAUAAAGCUAUGUGUAAAGUCUCGUCUUAUUACAGCUAAAUAUUGGGUUUGAUCUUUAGCCAUGAAUUUCUUUUUAUGGAUAUAUGCACUUCUUAAAAUCUUUUGUAAUCAAGGAAAUCCACAAAACAGAAUUUGUGCAUAGCAAAUGUUUUAGGGCCCAUAUGAUCCAAAAACGAUGACAGCCAUCAAAGCCAUACAGACAGAAUUCUGACUUAUUCAGGGGAAGUAGAAUGGAGCUGUCAUCAAGGCAAGAAAUAUAUUGGACCCAUGCUCAGAUUCAACAUUUUCCCUGUCUUGAGUUACAGUCAGUGAUUUCCAGGGCAACUAGUGUGUCCACUCCCUCACCUAAUCCUGCACUGAGAUGAUAUAUUAUUUUCUGAGUAUUCUUAGUGCAGUCCCCUGGCAUUCUGCUGGCUGGAUGAAAUCCAACUCUAUCUUUGGACAGUCUACGUCCCCGCUACAUAUCUUGAAUGUCCCUUGGAAUAAGGAGAAGCUUCCAAGUACUAUAUACUUAGGCUUCUUCUCAAAAGGAUUCCUAGUAUGCUGACUAACUGAAUAUUGCAUGUGCCUGUUUUGUAAUUGGUACUGUCUGUUUAACAUGAAGCUUUUCUUUUUAAAUGACUGAUGUGUGUUGUGUACAGAUUUAUUGGUCAACAUUUCCUUAACCUGGCACUAGCUUGUUUUUUAACUCCAAACUUUUUAUCAGUAUCUCUGAUAGAUUGUACAAUUCUCGACUACCUGAUAAAUCAACUAUUUUAAUCCUCACAAAUACUACACGCUGAAAGUUCCCCAGUGCACUUUGAUCUUAUGUUCUAAAGCUGUCUUGGGUCUUAUGGAAAGCUUCAACCCAGAGUGAAUUUCAAGAGCUCAGUUCACUAUUGGCAUAUGGGAGGCUUACACAUCUAACUCCCAAUGAUACUGAUUAUAAGUCCUCUGUAUCAAGACUAUUGUCGACCUUUUCGUUAUCAAAACUGCUGUUAAAAUUUAAUUGAUACCAAGUCCAUCCCAUGUUUUUGUUCACCUAGAAAGGAGAAACCUGCACUUUGUAAUGGGACUCUGUGGCUAGUGAUCUCUUUCUCCACCACAGUAACCUCUUAGGCCAUUCAACUGGCCCUUUGAAAUUAGGAUAGUGGGGGUUGGAAUUAAGACUCUUUUCUCUUUCUUGGAGGUCAGCACAAGGCCCUGUAGCAGCCCAGUGUAUAUGAAGAGAACGACUUGCUUGGGCUUCUGCUCAAUAGAGGCAAUGGUUCUUGCCAGUUCCUUCUCAACCUCUUUGGGUAGCUCUAGCACGGCACAGCUCUUUUCACUUUCUUCCGAAUGCUGCUGCUCGCUAUCUGGUGACAGACAAGUAUUCCUAAAAAUAGUAUAUGUAGCUGAUGGACAAAAUACAAAAAGCAAAUACUGGGCCUUGUCAUGAGAGUGGCUAGUUAGUGAAGCCCAAAUGUUGGGACCAGGACUAUGGGAGGUAGAUGAGGCAAGUGUAAAUGUGACCAAAAGAAGAAACUAUCGGCAUUUCUGUCGCAGGUGACAGCGAGGUGUGGAGAUCCCCAAACCCAUCAUACUGUGUACUGAAAAUUCUGCAGAAGGGAGAUUCUCCAGCAAAAGUGAAAUUAAACAUGGUUCCAUCUCUAAUUGUUGCAUGGUUCCUACUUUUAAGCAUUAUAGACUUACCUGUUUUAAUUAGCAUAGAUGCAAUUGAAUUGUCUUAAGUUACUGCCUAACUUCAGAGCAAAAAAUUGUGACCAUUCAUAUUCAAGUAUUUUUCUGUCUUUUCUAGGCGCUUCAGAAAUGGCUACCACACAGUCUGUCUUCACAUUUGCUCUCUGCAUUUUAAUGAUAACUGAAUUAAUAUUGGCUAGAGAAAGCUACUAUGACAUUUUAGGAGUUCCAAAAAAUGCAUCUGACCGCCAGAUCAAGAAGGCAUUUCACAAACUGGCCAUGAAGUACCACCCAGACAAAAAUAAGAGUCCUGGUGCAGAAGCAAAAUUCAGAGAAAUUGCAGAAGCAUAUGAAACGUUAUCGGAUGAGAAUAAACGAAAAGAAUAUGACCAAUUUGGCCAUGGUGGAGGACAAGGAAAUAAUGGAAGCCCAUUUCAACAGUCAUUUAAUUUCAAUUUUGAUGACUUGUUCAAAGAUUUUGACUUUUUUGGUCAAAACCAAAACUCACGGUCGAAGAAGCAUUUUGAAAAUCACUUCCGGGGUCAUCGGGAGGCUCACAGCAGGCAAAGACGUUCUUUCCAAGAUUUCUCCUUUGGAGGUGGACUGUUUGAUGAUGUGUUUGAAGAUAUGGAAAAAAUGUUUUCUUUCAGUGGCUUUGACAGUGCACACCAGCACACAGUACGAACUGAUAGCAGAUUCCAUGGAUCUAGCAAGCAUUGUAGGACUGUCACUCAGCGCCGAGGAAACAUGGUUACUACAUACACAGACUGUUCUGGACAAUAACGAUUCCUUUUUCUUCCAUAUUUCUCUUCCCGUUUCCUCACCUUGAUGAUUUUCUUGUUUAGUUGCUAAUAUGGAACAGAAACUCUUCUCUGAACUGUCUGAUAAACUAUUAAAGUAUUUAAUGUAAUUGCAGUAAAGAAAUUCAGUUAAACUAAUUCUUGCAACUGAAACAACAUGCAGCAAAGUGGGAGAUGAGUGCCUCGUUAUCUGUCUAGAAAGGGUGUGUGUGUGGGGAAAUAAAUCCCAUAUCAUAAAACAACAUAAAUGUUUACUAAAUUGAAAUAUAUUUCAAUCUUUUAACAUAUGAAGAGGUUUUUUUAAUAUACUCUUACCUUAAUGUGACUUUUGUCUAUACCCCUGGUAGGAUGUUUGACUUACUGAUGCAUGUAUAGCCACGUGAGUUAAACUAACUUAUUAUGAAGUGUUACACUUAAAACUUCCUUUUUUUUUAAAUUAUCCUUAUAGACUAGACUUGCAGUAUUUAGCUGCUGUAGACAACGUGGGAACUGUGUAUAAUUCACACACAAUACAGCAGUGGAAAUUUAGCUCAUCUGCAUUUUAACUUGCAUGAUCAGUUCUAGAAAUGUGAAUGUAGAACAUCUUUAAAACCGUGAAAUGAACAGUGUAAGGAACCAUUGCCUGGAGUUUAGAAGUUUGUUUGUAUUUCAAAAUGUCCUUUCAUUGGCCACAAGCCUGUAAAGACUUUAGCAUGAGCAUAACUGUACAUAUGUGAGUUGUCUGACUCCAGUGGGACUACUUUUGUGUGUAAAGUUAUGUACGUGUAAGUCUUUGUAGGAUCCUGGACGUUAUCUUCUAAAAACUAAAUAUGAGAACCUGUAUUAUUGCAGUACAUACUUACUGUUUAGUUAUUUCGCCCUGGAAAAUGGAGUAGUGAAAUUUUUACUUUUUAAAUUCUCAUGAUGCUAUAGUGAACUUUAAACUAAGUAAAAUUAGAUCCCUGUGCCUGAUGUGACUUGUAGGUCAAUCAAGUACAUUUUUUGUAGUAAAUAGAUCUGGAAACUCCACAUCGCAGAUUUCUUCAUUUAAAAGAAGUAUUGGCCCAGCUCCACAACUUGAGAGGUAAACUCUUCUCAAAGUGAAUAAACAGCAAAAUUGAAAGUUAGACUUUUUGUGGUAUUUGUUUAGUAACAUUUGGCAACUUGAGUCUGCUGUAGUGGUGGCAUCAUACUAAAGUUGUCAUUUGCUAUACAGCCAUCAAUGAAGUCCAUAAGUCAAUAUAAACUGGAAGGAAAAUCCUCAGUAUUCAAAUGUCACCCUAAUAGAUCUCUACAUCAGUCCUUGAAGAUUUUCUUUGAGUAUUAAUAUAGGACUGGCUGGGCUUCCCUGUAGUCACUGUAUCAAACUGCAUCUUUUCAGUAAGAUGGCUGCCACACACAAUUGAGAAUUGCCAGUUGUAACUUAAACUAAUUUUUAGAAAUACAUUUAACUUAAUUUAUGUGAAAACUUACCUUUUACGUUGAUUGAGUAAACAAAUUUAGUGCAGGCUUCUCUAAGUUGCAGUGUCCUAAAUAGGUUUCAUCUGUUUAAAAAGCUCUAGACUAAUUUUAUUAUAAGGAAGAGACUUUGCCCUUUAGCUCUCAUUUAAUAUUCCUCAGCUACAUCCUCACUCAUCGUGCUAAGCUUCCCACGACCGUCAAUAUUGUCUUUUGUUAAAUUUCACUCACCUAGAAGUCUAGAAAGGAUUUUUGUUAUAUUAAGUGCUUUCUCUUUCAUCCUUUGUCUACUUUAUUUAUAAAUUGACUAAUACCUCAUAUUCUGUCUUUAUAAAAAGCCAGUAAUUUGUGAAACCUUGUCAGAAUGUGCAAUAUUCUUAUGGUAGAAAGAAAUGUGCUUUUGUUUUUUUGUGCAAGUAGAUUUUAAUUCUGUUGUGUACGUUAAUGUAAAUGUCUGCACUUUUUCCAUAACAUAUUCCAUAUGGAUAUUAAUCCUAUGGAUAAAUUUAAGCAAAAAUAGCACCUGUCAUUCAUACAACAUGGGUAUGUAAGUAAACAAAUAUUUACAACUUGA